AUGGAGACGAAAAACGAGGCCGAAAUACCUUCUAGAAGAAGUGAAUCCUCCAAUAACCUUUCUAAACCAUCCACCACGACAUUUAACGAUUCUCAGGGUGCUGCGGAGUUGUCCUUGGCAAGGGUAGGAAAGCAUUUCGCUAAUAAAAUAUUGCGAAAGAAACGCCGGGGAGUGGAGCCCCUCAAAAAAGCGUUUGUCGAGGACGCCACUGUCUUGAGCGGGUUGAUGGUGAAAAAGAAAGCAAACACAGCCGAGGUGAGGAUGAUCCCUUUGAUGGGAAAGGGCGAAUUAUAUGCCGCCGUGAAGGCGCACGCGGCGGGGAAGACGAAGGUGGUGGAUAUAAAACCCAUAGAGAAUAAUACGAGCGCUUUUGUGGGGGAAGAUGGUAAAUAUGAAGCGGAAGAUGCUCCCAUUAGAAAGUCUACACAAGAUUUGGAAACGACCAUCGCGGGGUUGAACGUCAAUGGGAAGACUCUUCCUUCUUCAUCGGUGGAAUCCGAGAUUGUAGAGGCUCAAGGUAAAAAUGCAGCCAUACAGCCGAACCCGGCCGUGAAAACUGACCGAGAGGGGUUUACAAUAAAUCCCUCAGCGAGGAAGAAAAAGGCGGCGCUGCGGCGAAAAUAUGAACAGCGCAUUCAGGACCUUGAAGCGACGAUAUUACAACUUCAACAACAGAUCCAGGAGCUUUCCCAAGGCAAACCAGCCUGCAUUUAUCCACAAGAUUCGCCUGAAGUAAAUACCCUUGAAGAAGAAACCGCCCCUGCGCAUUUCGAGUGCGAUGCAUCCGAAGCUGAGGAGGAACUUUGCGAGAAUGAGGUUGACGUCCUAGCGGACGAAGAGGUUAUCAAGGAAGCAGAAUUGGAUGACGCUUCCGAACCUAAUCCUGAAGACACCUCCGCGGAGGAAAAAGAAAUCGCAAACGAUCACUUCGAUGAUGAAAUGGCGGAAAUUCCUGAUGAACCGGACGCCUCUGAGCUCCAGGAGGACCCUCUCACGCCGCCGAUGGCAGAUUCUACGGCAUCACAAGACGACCCCGCGGUGGCGACAGCGAAGGCCGAUCACGAGCUCCUCCCCAACGACGCAGGCCCCACUUCCGAACUCGACGAAGAAAUAAAUGACCCCUCGGGGGGGCUGCGGGAAACUAUGCUGAGGGCCAAACCGGUCCAGUCCCCCACCCCACGUCAAUCUAUCGCACGAAAACGCAUAACCCGCCACCGCGCCUUGGCCACGGCCCGUCGGCAGCGCCGUCAAAACGCAGCUGUGAAGAAGAAAAACGAGGCACGGCCCGAAGUGGUGGCCCCGGCCGACCUUUCCAAAACCCCAGAAUCCCGCUUGAACCCCCCGACGUUGACUUUUCCCGACGGUGGGACGGUGUUGGAGAACUUCACGGACGGAGAGAUGAUCGUCCGGCGCGACUCGACGGAGCAGACGUGGGGGAUUGGCCUGCGCUACGACUGGUCCGCCCGCGCCCUGGCGGUCGCGUCCUUCCCGACGUUCCCCGCGAAUGACCCCCGCCUUCAACACGGUUUUAUUCAACGCUACCACAGCAGGCCGGUGUGGUAUCUCAAAGAGGUCAACGGCACGAGCGCCACCAAUCUGAAGUCGGUGAUGGAGGUGCUAUCCCGUACCCUAACCGCACGUUUUGUAUUUAAACGAAUUUGA